AUGAAGCAGCCUCUUCAGUUUCCGGGCUGGUUUAGAGCAGUGAGCUUGUUCCUGUGUUUGACCCAGACCGUCGUCUCCAUGGUCCUCACCAACUCCACACGACUCGAGUCCAUCCUGGACAAGUACAGGGACCGGGAUGAGGAGUGGUGGAAGGCCAGGGCGAGAGGGAAGAGGGCCAUCAGCGAAGGAGACAUGCAUCUCAUCCUGGACCUGCACAACAAGUUACGGGGUCAGGUCCAUCCUCCGGCCUCCAACAUGGAGUACAUGGUAUGGGAUUCUGAGUUAGAGAGGAGCGCAGAGCACUGGGCACAUACCUGUCGAUGGGAACAUGGACCGAGCCACAUGUUGACACAAAUAGGCCAAAACCUUGGAGCGCACUGGGGCAGGGACCGUCCCCCUACCUACCAUGUCCAAGCCUGGUAUGAUGAGGUGAGGUACUACAGCUAUCCCUACUCCCAGGAGUGUAACCCACACUGCCCAUUCAGAUGUUCAGGACCUGUUUGCACUCACUACACUCAGUUGGUGUGGGCUACAAGCAAUCGUAUUGGCUGUGCCAUCAAUGUGUGUUACAACAUGAACGUGUGGGGAAUGAUCUGGGCUAAAGCUGUUUAUUUGGUCUGUAACUACUCUCCACCGGGUAACUGGUGGGGUCAUGCUCCAUACAAAUACGGAGCGCCAUGCUCGGCCUGUCCAGCCAGCUAUGCUGGAGGCUGCAGGGACAAUCUCUGCUACAAAGAUGGGGGUGUUGACAGGCGUCCAGCUCCUGAGCUCGAGGAGACCAACUACAUUGAACCUGAGCCGGAUCCAGUGAGAGACAGGGAGCCACAACCCAGGGCCCAGACACCAAACCCCUCACCUAAUGAAAACCUAGAGAGAAACCAGGUUGUCAGCACAGAGCAGAUGUGUCAACAGGUCAACUGUGAGACUAAGCUGAGAGAUCAGUGCAAGGGAACAACUUGUAACAGAUAUGAGUGUCCACCUGGCUGCCUUGACAGGUCUGGAAAAGUGGUUGGGACUGGAUAUUAUGACAUGCAAUCCAGUGUGUGUGGAGCUGGGAUACACUCUGGUGUUAUAGACAAUGACGGAGGAUGGCUGGAUGUAACCAGACUGGGCAGAAAACAACAAUUCAACAAAUCAUACAAGAAUGGUAUUCAAUCAAUUGGGAAAAACAGAAGUGCUAAUUCCUUCAAAGUAGAGACAGUGCCUGUGAAGGCAGUAACAUGUGAUACCACCGUGGCCCAUUUCUGCCCUUUCAAGAAACCUGUACGACACUGUCCCAGGUUAUAUUGUCCCAGGAACUGUAUGCGUGACAGUCGAAUCAGAGUCAUUGGGACAAACUAUUACUCAGAUAAAUCCAGUAUCUGCCGAGCAGCCAUUCACGCAGGAGUAAUCCAGAAUGAGUCUGGAGGUUACCUUGAUGUGAUGCCUGUGGACAGAAGGAGGCAGUACAGUGGCAGUUACCAGAAUGGCAUCACCUCAGAGAGCUUACUGAACCCGACGGGAGGAAAAGCCUUCAGAGUGUUUGCAGUCAUCUGA